AUGAACAUUGAUUCAUCAACAUGGAAGGGGUAUAGUAGGGAAGAUGCAGAGUUUGAAGCUCUACGACCCCAUCUUCCACCACCCAAAUCCUUCGCAGACUACUCAUCCGCCGCUGAGCUCCGUCAAUCUUUCAACGAGCAAAUUGGCCAGAUGGUUGCGGCCGGCAUCGUGACUUUUCCCGACUGGACUGGUUACCACAAAUCUGAAAUCCAAAUUCCUACGCGCGAUGGGUCUUCAGUGCGAUCCCUCGUGAUUCAUCCUGAGGGAAAGGAACCAGGACCGUUGUAUGUGUACUUCCCCGGCGGGGGAUGGACUUUUGGGAUGCCAGAAUUCGGCGAGGGAAUGGCAGAGAUGUUGGUGAAGGAACUAGGUUUCACGGUCGUGAGCGUAGGGUAUCGGAAUGCACCAGAGCAUGUCUUUCCCACCGCGGCGCAUGACGCUAUUGAUGCAGUCAAAUGGUGUGCCGAGAACGCGAAGUCGUUGAGUGCGGAUCCUUCCAAAGGUUUCAUCCUAGGAGGGACUUCAGCUGGAGCCAACUUAGCGGCUGUAUCAGCCCAUCAGGUUGUCGAUGACAAGUUGACCCCGAAGAUUACCGGAGUAGUCCUUAUGUCUGCUUCGAUAUGCCAUCCUGAGGCCAUGCCAGAAGAGUACAAACAGCACAUAUCAAGCUGGGAAGACCAUAGAGAUAGUCUAGUACUGGACCGCCGAGGCAUGGAAUGGUUCUUCGACAACUACAAACCAGACCCCAAGUCACCAUUAGCGAGCCCGCUGAUCUGGAAGACUCAUGAAGGCCAACCUCCUACGUAUCUGCAGGUUAUGGGGACUGACCCCCUGCGUGACGAAGCACUGGUAUACGAGAGCGUUCUCCGAGACAUUGGGACACCAACGAAGGUCGAAGUGUAUGCUGGAUAUCCGCACGGUGCGCCCGACUUCUUUCCCAUGCUUAGUGUGGCGAAGAGGGCGUUGGCUGAUUUGAAGGAGGGUUUGGGCUGGAUUCUGCAGCAGCAUUCGGCGUGA